GAAAACAGAGACCCCCCUCUCCCCUUCUCCCUCUCUUUUUCUUCUCUCUCUCCACCCCCAGCCAGGAUUCCCAACCUGAAGAAAAGUGCUUGGACGUGGACACAUAUUAGCGGAGGAACAGCUGAAAACUAUUUCAGCCGGUCGGUCCGCAACUUUUUUUUUUUUUCUCAGCUCCACUCGCAUUUCAGGGUUUAACUGCGAACCCGAACCGGAACUGGACCAUCAUGCCGAACUGAAAAACGGAGAUUUCUCAUUUCCACCUAAACUUUUAGGGGGGUACGUGUGGAUUUUUCUUCACCUCCUUCUCCUUCUUCUGCUUCUUCUUCUUUUUCAUGGAUGCGACUUAAUGCAGGAAUAAAACUGAUCCGCAUUUGACCCGGACUGACCUGGAGAUUUGGACCGGGACAGAGCGCGCGCUGUGAGUGCUUGACGUCCAGCGUGCCGACUCCCCCACCCUGCCCCGCCCCAUCCCCUCCCCUGCUACACCUGGGACCGUGGCUCAUCCAGCAGGUCAAAGGUCAUGCGCAGAAUGGUGCCCAACAUGGCCGCGCUGCUGUGUGUGAGCAGCCUGCUGCUGUCGCCGAUGCUCGGUGGCUCGCUCGCCUUGUCUGCACCCAGGUUCACCAAAGUUCCUGUAGACAUGAUCGGAGUCUCGGGAGGAGUGGUGUCCUUCGUAUGCCAGGCGACAGGGGACCCCAAGCCUAAAGUGACCUGGAAUAAAAAAGGGAAGCGUGUCAACUCUCAGCGUAUCGAGACCAUCGAAUUCGAUGAAGGUGCAGGAGCUGUGCUCCGUAUCCAGCCACUGAGAGCUCCACGAGACGAGAACAUCUACGAGUGCGUGGCUGAGAACAGCGAAGGCGAAGUCAGCGUCCAGGCCAAGCUGACUAUAAUUAGAGAGGACCUGCUGCCUCCAGGCUUCCCCAACAUCGACAUGGGUCCCCAGCUGAAGGUGGUAGAACGCACCCGCACAGCCAACAUGCUCUGUGCUGCAAGCGGCAACCCAGACCCCGAGAUCACCUGGUUCAAAGACUUCCUUCCGAUUGAUCCCAGUACGAGCAAUGGGCGGAUCAAACAACUCAGAUCAGAAGCUUUUGUGGGUACUCCCAUCCGAGGAGCCUUGCAGAUUGAGAACACGGAGGAGACGGAUCAGGGGAAGUACGAGUGCGUAGCGACUAACGUGGAAGGCGUGCGCUACUCUUCCCCCGCCAACUUGUAUGUGCGAGAGCUUCGAGAAGUUCGGCGCGUGCCCCCUCGUUUCUCCAUCUUGCCCACCAAUCACGAGAUCAUGCCGGGCGGCAGCAUCAACAUCACCUGCGUGGCAGUGGGCUCGCCCAUGCCUUAUGUCAAGUGGAUGCUUAACUCGGAGGACCUGACUCCGGAGGAUGACAUGCCAGUCGGAAGGAACGUUCUGGAACUGAACAGCGUACAUGAGUCAGCCAACUACACCUGCGUGGCCAUGAGCAGUCUGGGCAUCAUCGAGGCCGUGUCACAAGUGAUUGUUAAAUCUCUGCCCAAGCCUCCAGGUACACCAGUUGUUACUGAAACUACAGCCACCAGCAUCACCAUCACAUGGGACAGUGGUAACCCCGAGCCUGUUUCAUAUUACAUCAUUCAGUACCGUGCCAAAAUCCCUGACAGCAAGUUUGAGACAAUGGAUUCCAUCACCACCACUCGCUAUAGUAUAGGCGGCCUCUCUCCCAAUACGGAGUACGAGAUUCGCGUCUCUGCCGUGAACACUAUUGGCCAGGGUCCAGCCAGCGAACCUGUGGAAGCCAGAACAGGGGAGCAGGCUCCUGCCAGUCCUCCCAGAAACAUCCAGGCCAGGAUCAUCUCCCACAGUACGAUGAUGGUGCGCUGGGAAGAGCCAGAGGAGCCCAACGGCCAAAUCAAGGGCUACCGUGUUUACUACACCAUGGACCCAUCGCAGCCAAUGAGCAUGUGGCAGAUCCACAACGUGCAAGAUAGCAUGAUCACAACAAUUCAGAACCUUGUAGCCUCAGAGACCUACACUAUCCGUGUGCUGGCUUUUACCUCAGUAGGAGACGGACCAUUUUCAGAUUCCAUUCACGUCAAAGUCCUGCAAGGAGUUCCUGGACAGCCAUCCAAGUUUCAGAUCGGCGAGGUGUCGGAUACCAGUAUCGAGCUGACCUGGGAGCCAGCAUUCGACAAAGAGGGGAUCAUUAGUUAUGAGCUUCGGUAUAGAGAAGGCAGUCAAGGCAGUCAGGUAACAAAAUCAUUCGGCCCGUCCUCGUCCUACGUGGUGGAGGGUCUGCGAGCGAACACAGAGUAUUACUUCUCCCUGGCGGCCAUUUCGAACAAAGGCAUUGGUGCCUUCACCAACGAAAUCUCUCAGAAGACCUCUCAAGCCAAGCCAUCCGCCCCCCCCCAGGAGGUUAAAUGCUCCAGCUCUAGCUCCACUUCUCUGCUGGUAAGUUGGCGCCCCCCGCACUCGGAGAGCCAGAAUGGCCCGCUGGUCGGGUACGUAGUGCGCUAUGCCAUGGCAGGGGGCGGAGCUGGGCUCGGGGUCGGAUCCGAGACCGUGGAUGAGCUCCAGGUGGCGGCCACGGCCUCCGAGAUAACACUGCAGCGGCUGGAGAAGUGGACGACGUACCGUGUGAGCGUGGCCGCAGCCACCGUUGUGGGCCCCGGACCGGACAGUGUAGUGCUCAUAUGCCGCACUGAUGAGGACGUUCCCGGUGCGCCCCCUCGGAGGGUAGAAGUGGAGGUGAUGAACUCCACUGCAUUAAAGGUGAUGUGGCGCUCACUGUUGCCAGGGCGACAGCACGGUCAGAUCCGUGGUUACCAGGUGCACUAUGUGCGGGUGGAGAACGGUGAAGCACGUGGGCUCCCACUCAUCAAGGAUGUAAUGUUGGCUGAUGCCCAGUGGGAAACAGACGAUACAGCCGAAUACGAGAUGGUGAUCGGGGGCCUGCAGCCUGACACCACCUAUUCCAUCACAGUGGCAGCCUACACCACCAAAGGCGAUGGAGCACGCAGCAAACCCAAACUAGUGGUGACCAAGGGAGCAGUACCAGGCCCUCCCUCUCUUUGGGUUCAUCAGGACUCUGAGAGCUCUGCAGUGGUACGUUGGGUCCCUCCUGAGCUUCUCGUCCCCGGCAUGGAGCUGCUUGGUUAUCGCCUCCAGUUUGGUCGUAAAGACGUCCCACAGCUGGCAACGCUGGAAUUUGCGCCGUAUGAGCAUGAGUUCUCAGUGCCUAACAUGCACCGGGGCGCCACUUACAUCUUCAAGAUUUCGGCCAAGUCACGUUCCGGUUUUGGUGAGGAGGCUAAACAGGAGCUGAGCCUCGAAGAAGAGGUGCCGCAUGGCUACCCGCACAUCAGCGAUGCUUUCAAUAUCACCUGCUGCUCAGUGCAGUUCUCCUGGCUGCCCCCGGUUCUGGCUGAGCGCAAUGGCGCCAUCACAGAGUACACGCUGGCGUACCAGGAAGCAGGUUCCACCAGUAUGCCCUUAGAGCUGCGCCUACCGUCCACCGAACACAGCUACACGUUGAACAGCCUGAAACCGGACUCUGUUUAUGACGUGAAAGUACGUGCACAUACCAGCGUAGGUCCCGGGCCGUACAGCCCGCCUGUCCAGUACCGCACAGUGGCCCUCACUACAGAUGUUCCUAAAAACUUCACAGUUAAGUUGGUCACCAAGACAACAGUGCUGCUGGCAUGGAAGUUUUCUGACAGCCGCUUUCCAUACCGCUGCACGAUCGAAUACAACCGGCAGAAACUGGACAUAGACGCCCGCAUGACCAAAGCUCUCAUCACUAACCUGAGAGCCAACAGCACCUACGAGUUUCGCAUCACGUGCCUCGACAGCGGUGACGGAGGCCCCAGACACCGGCUCGUGGCUCGCACCGCCCCCUCCAUCCUCACCAACAAACCCGAGCUGGACGUCAGGAGAGAACCGGACAACAGCGUCACUAUGGUCUUGCCUCAGCUCGAGACCAGGAAUAUGAUCAAGUCUGUCUAUGUGGUAGUGGUUCCACUGAAGAAAGGCAGAGGGCCAAUAAGACACAUCAAAGGCCCUGAUGAAAUGGAUCUGGAGGAGCUGUUGAGGGACGGCAGUGCGAAGCAGAGACACACGCGGACAACGAGACAGCUGCGCCAGGUGGACGUGAAGAAGCCGUACAUCGCCGCCAGCUUUAAACCAAGCACCGUGCCCCCAACCUUCACACUGGGCAACCAGAUGGUCUACAACGGUUAUGAGAAUCGUGCCCUGGAGCCGGGGCAGGACUACGUCUUCUUCAUCUUGGCCGAGCUCAACUCCAACAGCACGAAAAUGUUUGUGGCCAGCCCUUACUCUGACUCCAUCAUGGCCCCUGACGUGGACCCCCAGCCCUUAGAGACGGGUGGGGACGGCCUCAUCUGGGUGGUGGGACCCGUCCUAGCUGUGGUCUUCAUCAUCUGCAUCGUCAUCGCCAUUCUGCUCUAUAAAAACAAACCUGACAGCAGCAAAAGAAAGGAAUCCGAACCACGCACCAAAUGUCUACUCAACAAUGCCGAGAUAACACCACACAAUCCCACCGACCCUGUGGAGAUGAGGCGCAUUAACUUCCAGACACCAGAUUCGGGUAUGAGCAGCCCUCUAAACGAAGCCGCUUUCGACUACGAAAGAAUGAUGAACCAUCCCCCCAUCCCCAUCACAGACCUGGCCGAACACACCGAGCUGCUUAAAGCCAACGACAACCUGAAACUCUCGCAGGAAUACGAGUCCAUCGAUCCAGGACAGCAGUUCACCUGGGAGCACUCCAACCUGGAGGUCAACAAGCCCAAGAACCGAUACGCCAACGUCAUCGCUUACGACCACUCCCGCGUCAUUCUGGGUCCAGUUGAAGGCAUCGCGGGCAGUGACUACAUCAACGCUAACUACAUUGAUGGCUACAGGAAGCAGAACGCCUACAUCGCCACGCAGGGCCCGCUGCCUGAGACGUUCGGAGAUUUCUGGAGGAUGGUGUGGGAGCAGAGAGCAGCUACCGUGGUCAUGAUGACUCGCUUAGAGGAGAAGUCACGGAUCAAGUGCGAUCAGUACUGGCCGAGUCGAGGGACGGAGACAUACGGCAUGACCCAGGUCACCCUGCUGGACACCAUCGAGCUGGCCACCUUCUGCGUACGCACCUUCUCUUUACACAAGAAUGGUUCUAGUGAAAAACGUGAGGUACGUCAGUUCCAGUUCACAGCAUGGCCGGAUCAUGGCGUGCCCGAGUACCCGACACCCUUCCUGGCAUUCCUGCGGAGGGUAAAGACCUGCAACCCACCUGAUGCAGGGCCCAUCAUCGCCCACUGCAGCGCCGGCGUGGGCCGCACCGGCUGCUUCAUCGUCAUCGACGCCAUGCUGGAGCGCAUAAAGCACGAGAAGACGGUGGACAUCUACGGCCACGUGACGCUGAUGCGUGCCCAAAGGAACUACAUGGUGCAGACGGAGGAUCAGUACAGUUUCAUCCACGACGCUCUGCUGGAGGCGGUCGCCUGCGGCAACACAGAGGUCCCCGCCCGCAGCCUCUUCUCCUACAUCCAGAAACAGGCUCAGGUGGAGGCCGGAGAGCACGUCACGGGCAUGGAGCUGGAGUUCAAGAGACUGGCCAACUCCAAGGCCCACACGUCGAGGUUUAUAAGUGCCAACUUGCCCUGUAACAAGUUCAAGAACCGCCUGGUGAACAUCAUGCCGUACGAGACCACCCGAGUGUGCCUUCAGCCAAUCAGAGGGCUUGAGGGCUCCGACUACAUCAAUUCCAGCUUCAUUGACGGAUACAGGCAGCAGAAGGCCUACAUAGCCACCCAGGGCCCAUUAGCCGAGACCACAGAGGACUUCUGGCGCAUGCUGUGGGAGAACAAUUCUACCAUCGUGGUGAUGCUCACCAAGCUGAGGGAGAUGGGCAGAGAAAAGUGCCAUCAGUACUGGCCAGCAGAGCGCUCCGCUCGGUAUCAGUACUUCGUGGUGGACCCCAUGGCCGAGUACAACAUGCCCCAGUACAUCCUCCGAGAGUUUAAAGUUACAGACGCAAGGGAUGGACAGUCUCGGACUGUGAGGCAGUUCCAGUUCACUGAUUGGCCGGAGCAGGGAGUCCCCAAAUCUGGCGAAGGCUUCAUCGACUUCAUUGGCCAAGUGCAUAAAACCAAGGAGCAGUUCGGCCAGGACGGUCCUAUCUCUGUCCACUGCAGUGCUGGCGUGGGGCGGACCGGAGUCUUCAUCACGCUCAGUAUCGUGCUGGAGCGGAUGCGCUACGAGGGCGUGGUGGACAUCUUCCAGACAGUCAAAAUGCUAAGGACCCAGCGGCCGGCCAUGGUGCAGACCGAGGACGAGUACCAGUUUUGCUACCAGGCAGCUCUCGAGUACCUAGGAAGCUUUGAUCACUAUGCAACGUAAAAGCCAUCUCCUUCCCCCCUGCCCAGCGCCCCCUCUACAGCCUCCUGAGCCAUAGGAACAACCUGCUUGAAACAUUUGAAACAGUGACAACUAGACAAAAAAAAUCCAACGUAAGAAAAAAUAACAAAAAAUAACUAAAUAAACCCUGCCAUGAAAAAACAAAACAAAACUCCAGAGUGUAUUUGGUGUCGGAUUCCAGAACCAUCUUUAAAAAAAAAUCCAAAUUGGACAAGAUACCAAGCCGAAGCAGAUGCAGGGAUCCGUUUUGAAACCAAGUACGUCCUUAAUCAUGAGAUGGAACCAAAAGUUUUGGCUCAGGCCGCAGGGUGGGAAUGAUCUAUAAGUCGGACCGCUUUGCUUUACCUCAAGUGUUCUGAUCCAGAGGAUAUUAUUAAUCUAUACGUGGACGUAUAUCUCCAAACCGAUCUUGUAAAGAUACCACAAAAAUAACAAGCGAGUAAAAACGGGGCGAAAGUUCAGAACUCGCCUACACGUGUGUUUCAGCGGAUGAUCGAAUGUGGACAUGAUCUCACUGAGACUGAUUGGUGAGCUGAUUGGGCUGAGAUGCCUCGGUGGGCAAAUUCCAGGCUUUUGUGUUGGUGAAGUAGGCAGGGAUUUUUAUCUGCGGUCCCCACAAACUCUACAAUCUCAUCCAUUUUACGACGUCAACGCAAAAUUGUGCUCAUCUUUAAGAAAGCGAUAGUUCUCCAGAAGUCGUUCCAGGUUCUUCUUUUGGGACAGGCUAGCCAAUGUCUUCACAACACGCCAAUGUAGCUUUGUCUUGAAAGCGUAUGGAGGACCGGAGUGUGACAGUAUCUUCAGCCAGGAAUGUGAGGACCAAAUGACGAUCCGAUUAAUUUUCGGGAUAGUCAUAUACGUUACCUUUCGACUGGCGUUUUCCCACUGCCACGAGCCUGGUAGACGUGGACCACCAUCAUUACCUCCACCACACGCAUAGAAUCAUGGGAUUGGUACUCCAAUCGGCCAACAUGCAACAUUGCUUCGAACCUGGGAAGGCUUUUCUUUGACAAAGCUUACUUUAUCUUGUUUGACCAACGAAGAUCGUGAACGUUCCUCAUGCCAGUCUGCACCCCUGCUCUCGGGGGCUCCCUGAGCUCCCGGGACACAUUUAUUGGCGAACACCAUUAAACAACAUCGGCGAAGAGAAAAACAGCGGUACUUAACGUGCGCGUCUCCGAACUUUUAACUACGACUUGAACAUAAAUGUGUGUGACAGGAAGUCAGGAAACUCCUCUUCCUUUGCUUUCUGCAUAAGUCAAAAUGGUGUGUGUGUGUGUGUGUGUGUGUGUGUGUGUGUGUGUGUGUGUGUGUGUGUGUGUGUGUGUGCUGGAGAAUGUUUAAACGGCAGAGCAUUCGGAUUGGUGUCCAACAGGAAGAUACUGACUGUGCUGUGAAAGGAGCCGUGUGUAGUUUUUUCUUAUUUCCAAAAAAGCCUUAUCGUUGUUGUAACUAUACAAAAUGAACAUUGUUGUAUUAUUAUUAUUAUUAUUAUCAAAAUUAACACAAUUUCAUUGAGUCGAUCCGUUUAGUUUUUGUAACAGAUACAGAUACCGUCUCGUUUUUUUUUUUUUCUUUUUUUUCUUUAAUAGGAGGAGAAAAAUGAGCUGGUUUUGUUCAUAUUAUGUUAAAAGACAUUCUAUUUUUUCACUAUAGAAACGUGGAAUGUGGUUGUGCGUGUGUGUUUGCGUGCACACACACACACACACUCACAUACAUGGUAUAUUUAAAUGCAAAAUACAAAGAUGUAUCCAAAUCUUAGUAUGGGUAGUAUAUUUCCUGUAUUUUUUAUUUCACUCACGAACAUGUAUACGUUUGUACGUUUCAUUUUCAUCCUGAUUUGGAGAAAUGCCGCUUGGCCUCAUUCUUUAUCGCUCACAUAAGGUAUGAAUUCAUAGGUUUGAUUUUUCAUUCUUAUUAUCAUUAGUAGUGUAUAGUAUGAGGUAGAUACAUUUUUUUUUUUUACGUAGAAUUUUUUAACAUCGACUUUUUUUGUUUUGUUUUUCAAAAUGUUUUAACAUACAUGAACUGUACGUAAUGUUUUAUCUUCCUUGUGAAAAAUUCAUUUUUACUUUUCUUUUUUAUUAUUCAUUUUACUUUUUUUGUUUUUUACUUUGAAAUCACAAAACUGAUCAUCGGCUUGUUAUGUAUAAACAAUGAUCCUGAAUAUGACUUGUAAAUAAACAAAUCUAGAUGAUAUGUAUUUGUAUAAUUUGACCCACACGUUUUCUGUCUGAACAAUUCUGAAUUUCAAAAUGGAAAAAAAAAAAAAAAAAAAACAAUCUAUCCAGAUUUCUCUGAGGAACUUGGUGUUGUAAGAACAACAUUCUCCAUCUCUGAUCCCACUUACUUUCACUGUUUUUUGCCAAAUGAGCUCUGAGUGUCCACCCCAGCGAUUUCAACAAUUCACUCUAUUUUUUUUCCUCAUAUGUAAGUGCUUGAAGCCGCUAUUACAUUGCAUUUAACACUUUUCUUUUAACCUUUUGAAUCAAAUAAAUUGUUAAGAUAAUGAACCUGGGAAGAGCUGGUGUGCUUGGUUUGUACGCUUGAACAUCAAGACAUAAUGGAGUGUCUGCACAAAUUUGCUUAGAACCAAUUCACUGGUGUGUUGAAUCAUGUCACAGCCGGUGCGUUGGGUUUAGCAGGACUUGUCUCUCAGCACUGCCCAUUUUCUUCAUUCUUUUUUUUUUUUUUAUCCACCUCAGGCUGAUUUACUGAUCCUUCAGUCUGUAUACAUGCAUACUACAUCAUUUUUUUACUCCCAGAAAUCGUUUUCUUGCUAAAGUUUGGAAAGGAGAGAGAAUUCUAGAAUCUGGACAGAAUUCCAAUGCUGCCUUGGGAACCGGAGUUUGACUCGUUUCUCCACGAGUCGCUCUUCUACGCGUUUGGACGCACCGAUCUCUGAGACUCCGAAUAAACCUGGCAGACAUCUUGGAGGCGUAUCGAACGUUAGGACUUUUUCAUCGAGUAUUCGGAUCCCUGAUCUCUGAGACAUCUGACCUGAUACGUCAGAUUGAUUAGGGAAAAGUGCUAAGGAAAAGUAAACUACACGUGGAAAAGUGAGCUUAUUGACACAAAAAAAAAAGAAGAAAAGCCAAAAUUCUGAAGUGAUUGAAAAAAAAUAUGUUUGUCUUUGUACGAAAGCCAAGUGAUACUGCUUUCAAACUGUUACUUCUAACGGAAUACAAUAAUUGGUUUAAAAACCACUGUGUAUGUAGAUAUGUUGACUUUGUAUUAAAGAAAUGUUGUCUGAA